GUGUAAUUAAUUAUGAUAUGAAAAUUCAAUACAUAUUCACUAUAAUAUUCCAAACAAAUUAUGUCUGUAAAUAUUUAAAAUAUCAAAUAACUAAAACUUAACAUGAUGUAACGUCGUUUUUUAAUGGACGACGAAGGACCCAUUAUGGUUGCACACACAGACAACUGGCAUGUGAAAGGCAUGUGAAAUGGAUUGGACAACAUAGCUAAGGCCAGGAUAGUGGAGACACGUGUUUAGAUGCAGAAUUGACUCGAGUAUCAGUCUAUUUUGCUAAGGAAAGACUAACCACAGAGAUGAUAGCUUCCAUAUUGCAUUUUUAAACCACUACCCAGUGGACUACCCAUCUGUACAACUAAACAACACAAUGACAGCCCGUACUGCAGAGGUGCUGCUCGGGUGGGCCCUGCGGAUAUGCAACCACCGACGUCCAUGGCAACACCGUGGCCCUCAGAUGUUGAUGAUAGAGAGCUUUGACAGAGGACUGUCUCAUAUCUGGAGCACAGGACCAAGUCAUAGACCAUUGGCUGGACUAGCUAUAUACAAAGUGAGGUAUUAUUCUCAGGGUAAAACAUAUGGGCAGGACGUGGUGGAAAGAAAGCAAGGCAACUCCAUACAGACUCAGAGCUCUGGAACCUGGUCUUCACCAAGUCGGACAUCCCCGGACCAGCCAGCCAAAAGGGUGCCGUUUUACGACCAGCUGAGGAAGUGCGGUUCCCCCUCGGAUGUGCUCGACCUGGCCGGCCAGUACACAGCCACACACCGGCGGGUAAGCAACUGCCUGACGCGCUGCUGGGAGUCCACCAAGAAGAUGUCAGAGGAGCAGAGACGCUACGAACUGCGCAUUAUGUUCGAGCACGCUGGCUUCGAAGAGCUCCUCCAGAGGACCAUGCAGGACGCGCGGCACAUGCGUAGCGAGGACCUAGCCUACAGCCUGCUGGCCACAGUCAAGCUGGGAGUGUCGCAGAGCAGCCGCGUGGUCCAGACCCUCCUCCGAGUCUGCCAGGAGAACCUCAAUGAGUUUGAUGAGAAGUCCCUGUCAGUGCUGGCUUCCUGUCUGGAACACCUGGAGAGCAGCCCCAAUGGGGACGCACUGAAGGAGGGAGUCAGGCUAAUGAUCGAGGCUCUACUGCCGAGGAUCCAGAACGUCAUGUCCCUUCAGACCUUGAUGCGCCACAUGGGCCGGGACACCCCAGUGGACAUCAAGAAAAAACUGGAGAGAAAGGCCCUGUCAUUAGCAGACCAGUUCACUCUUCCGAACUCCCAGUAUAUGAUCACUACGCUGGCCUCUAUGGGCUUCUGCUCCAAGCCACUGUUGGCCGUCUGCAGCAGGAAGAUUGCAGAGCACGUCCACGGAGUCCCCUUCCACCGCCUGGUGAGUGUGCUGAGGGCCUAUAAGGAGCUGCACUCCAGAGACGUGGCCCUGUUCACCGCCAUCUCUGACUACGUGGCCUCCAGCAUCACUAUGUGGAACAACAAACAGUUGAUUCUCUUCCUGUCUGCGUUUGAGGAUCUAGCUUUCUGCCCCACGGCCAUGUUGGACGCCUUCGCAGAGAGAGUGACUAAGAACCCGGACGCCCUGGGGCUCAAAGACGUCCUCAGCGUUCUGAAGACCUACUCGUCCCUAAACCACAACCUACAGGGCUACAGAGAGCCGUUCCUGGAGGGUGUGACCCACGUGGUGGUGUCUUACCUUCCCAAGAUGGCUGCCUCCGAGCUGCUGAAGGUGGUCUACUGCCUGUGUCUGCUGGGCCACUUUCCUGCCGCCCCACUGGAACAGCUGCUGCAGAAGGAGACACUGGAGGAGAUCAGUGCCAGAGGUGGGCGGCUGCAGAAGGGGAUGGAAAAAAAGCUGCAGAUCGUGGACCUGUGCCUCAGGCUGGACCGACCUUCUCUCCCUAAGCCCCUGACCGUCCCUCCCGAGGCUCUGGGCUCUCCAGCCCCUAACGACCUGUCCAUUAACCCAGGGCUGUCUAUGACCCUGCAGAGCAUCGCCCAGGAAGGGGUGCUACAGGAGGGUGUGAUGGUUGAAGACCAAUACUUCAUAGAUGGUGUGAUAACCCAACCCGGAUCUCUACAAGAAGCCACAGGAGGGAGGGCACCAUCUGAGGGCGAGUUUCCGCCACCUGAGCACAGUCAAAGAAUUGCAGUAUUCUGCGCAUCCCCGUCCUCUUUCUGUUAUGGUACCUCCCGUCCCCGUGGAAACCUGGCUAUCAAGUUGCGUCAUCUGACGGUCCUAGGAUACACCCCAGUCGUGGUGUUGGAGCACGAGCUGGACAAUCUGUCCGAAGAGGAGAGAACAGAGCUCCUCAAAACACGGAUCUUUCCAGAACAGGAGAGACCUGCUAACGUCGAACAGAUGACAGACUGACGGACACAGAGAGAGCGAGGACAUGGCUCGUUCAGUCAAGAAAACCCCGACCUGGUUCUGUGGUCAGUCUGGUCACGAUCCUGUUCUGGUCCUGUCAUUCGUUGCACAGGAACUGCUGGUAUACUGAAUUGACUACAUGAAGACUGUUGUCGAAAAUAUCUGUGUGCGAGUGUCUGGACUUAACAGUUCACUGCGUAAUGUCUCACUAUUUAACUAGAAAGUAAAUGGGAACAAACUCCCAUCUGUCAUUGCUCCUCAUAUUUUUGAGGGAAUCUGUGUUGGAGCGUAAGUGUUCCAGUUUAUGUUUAAGUAAGUUCAAUCCUGUUGAAGUAACUUAAAGUUAAGUAACAUAACUUUAAGCAUCUUAAUACCUCUCAUGGGUUAUUCCUAAAUAGUCUAAGUUCAUAUCCUCGCCUCCUCUCCUUCAUCUGACCAGCCUGUCCAGAGGAAGGACCAGAGGAAGGAAAGGGGACGAGGAGAAGCUACUGUAGACUAUUGAGACAGAGAGCCAUGUUUCUACUGGGUUUGUGUGUCUCAUUUAGAAUAAGUCACUUGAGGUGACUGUGGAUUUGCCAAAAGUGAGGCCCAAUCCUAAAUGGACCCUACACCCUGUGCACUUGUGGAGAUCGCAUAUGAUUUGAUGGGUUUAAGCAAUACGGUGAAACUUCAACCUAGCCUAACAGAGGGCCAGUUGGAAUUAAUUGCUUAUACCCGUUAAAUCCUCUUACAUCUCCGGAAGUGCAUAGGGUGAGUGUCUAGGGGUUGAUUUGGGAUUGGACCUGAAAUUGUUUGAUUGAUGCCAUGUCAUUGAAAUCUGUUGAGUAGAGGUGGUUAUGGGAACUGAUGUUCUAACAACGAAAGGGUUUAUAAUCACGACUGUCACUUAUGCUGAAAAUAAAAUGUCAUAGAAACAGUCAUCCACUAUAUACAGUACCAGUCAAAAGUUUGUACUUUGUACACCGACUCAUUUCAGCCUAUUUUGUUUUACUAUUUUCUACAUUGUAUAAUAAUAGUGAUGACAUCAGAACUAUGAAAUAACACAUGGAAUCAUGUAGUAACCAAAAUAAAUGCUGCUACAGCGCAUACAGCUGUUCAAACCUCCAUUACAAUGUCAACUGACACGCAUAAUUGCUGGGCAGAUAUCACGCUGAGUGAUAGCAUCUGUUUUUGAUACUAACACAGGGUGUAAGUUUUCAUGUCUGUGUGUAUAUCAGACACACACAUCCCCUGUGUUUUGAGUGGGACACAUCUAAUUCAAGGGUUUUUCUUUAUUUUUACUGUUUUCUACAUUGUAGACUAAUAGUGAAGUCAUCAAAACUAUGAAAUAACACAUGGAAUAAUUUAGUAACAAAAAAAGUGUUCAACAAAUCAAAAUAUAUUUUAUAUUCUUCAAAGUAGUCACCCUUAGGCUUGAUGACCGCUUUGAACACUCUUGGCAUUCUCUCAACCAGCUUCAUGAGAAAUGCUUUUCCAACAGUCUUGAAGGAGUUCCCACAUAUGCUGAGUAAUUGUUGGCUGCUUUUCCUUCACUCUGCGGCCCAACUCAUCCCAAGCAAUCUCAAUUGGAUUGUGGAGGCCAGGUCAUCUGAUCAUCAUUGUCCUGUUGGAAAAACAAAUGAUAGUCUCACUAAGGGCAAACCAGAUGGGAUGGUGUAUCGCUGCAGAAUGCUGUGGUAGCCAUGCAGGUUAAAUAUGCCUUGAACUUAACUAAAUCACAGACCUUGUCACCAGCAAAGCACCACCACCUCCAUUCUUCACGGUGGGAACCAUUUAUGCAGAGAUCAUCCGUUCACCUACUCUGAGUCACAAAGACACGGCAGUUGCAACCAAAAAUCUGUCCUUUGGUCUGAUGAGUCCAAAUUUGAUUUCCACCAGUCCAUUGCUUGAGUUUCUUGGUCCAAGCAAGUCUCUUCUUCUUAUUGGUGUCUUUUAGUAGUGGUUUCUUUGCAGCAAUUCAACCACAAAGGCCUGAUUAACUAUUCUAAGGAGACAGUGUGAAUGUUGAGAUGUGUGUGUUACUUGAACUCUGAAGCAUUUAUUUGGGCUGCAAUCUGAUGUGCCGUUAACUCUAAUGAACAUAUCCUCUGCAGCAUAGGUAACUCUUGGUCUUCCUUUCCUGUGGCGGUCCUCAUGAGAGCCAAUUUCAUCAUAGCACUUGAUGGUUUUUGCAACUAUACUUGAAGGAAAUUUCAACGUUCUUGACAUUUUCUGGAUUGACUGACCUUCAUGUCUUCAAGUAAUGAUGGACUCAAUUCUCUUUGCUUAUUUGAGCUCUUCUUGCUGUAAUAUGGACUUGGUCUUCUACCAAAUUGGGCUAUCUUCUGUAUACUACCCUUACCUUGUCACAACACAUCUGAUUGGCUCAAAUGCAUUAAGGAAAGAAAUUCCACAAAUUAACUUAACAAGUCACACCUGUUAAUUGAAAUGCAUUCCAGGUGACUGUCAUAAAGAUUGUUGAAAGAAUGCCAGGAGUGUGCACAGCUGUCAUCAAGGCAAAGGGUGGCUACUUUGAAGAAUCUCAAAUUAUUUGUUUAACACUUUGUUUGGUUAAUACAUGAUUCCACAUGUGUUAUUUCAUAGUUUUGAUGUAUUCACUAUUAUUGUACAAUGUCAAAAAUAUAGAAAAACCUUUGAAUGAGAAUAUGUGCCAAAACCUUUGACUGGUGCUGUGCGUAUGUACAUAGUGUGUAUUCAGGCCCCUUAACUUUUUCCACGUUUUGUUACUUUAUUCCCAAAUUAAUUUUUGAUCUAAUUCUCAUUUCUGGAAAAGGUUUAAAAUAAAGUUUAAAAUCCAA